AUGCUCCGUCGAGUAACUACAUUUUGUUUAUCACUUAUACUUAGUCAAGUACUAUUUUAACGUAAAAAUUGUAUUUUACGACGAACAAAGGUAGAAAAACUUCAAAUACAAUUCAAAAUUUUUACGGUCAGACUCCAUGAGUUUAGAUGCGUAGAGUUUAAGGUCGUCUUUACGUGGCACACUGGUGACGGGCACGGCAUGAGUUCGCCGCCAUUUCGAUCAAGAGUAUAUGUUAGCUUAGUAUGUAUAGAUGAAACAUCAAACUCACCAAUUUGAAAAAACCGUAUACUGCGAAAAAAGCAAUUAAAUUAAAAUUGAUUAGAAUUUUCAUCUAAUAGCUGGUUUAUAGUACAAUAGUAGGCAUCAAGCUAUUUUACAGCAAUUAUUUGGAAUCUGAACUCUUCGAAUUCCUAAAGUUUACUAUAACUCAGGAGACAACAGCAGAAAAUCUAAUCAACCAUGGGGAAUAUGUUUGCAACUUUAUUCAAAGGACUUUUUGGAAAAAAGGAAAUGAGAAUUCUAAUGGUAGGAUUAGAUGCUGCUGGUAAAACUACAAUUUUAUAUAAGUUGAAAUUGGGUGAGAUAGUGACUACUAUUCCAACAAUAGGUUUUAAUGUUGAAACCGUAGAAUAUAAAAACAUUAGUUUUACCGUAUGGGACGUCGGCGGUCAGGAUAAAAUUAGACCACUGUGGAGACAUUACUUCCAAAACACACAGGGUUUAAUAUUUGUUGUUGAUAGUAAUGAUAGAGAACGUAUUGGUGAAGCUAGAGAAGAGCUGAUGAGAAUGUUAGCUGAAGAUGAAUUAAGAGAUGCUGUUUUAUUAAUUUUUGCCAACAAGCAGGAUUUACCCAAUGCCAUGAAUGCUGCAGAAAUAACAGAUAAAUUGGGCCUACAUUCACUUCGUAAUCGUAAUUGGUACAUACAAGCUACAUGUGCAACUAGCGGCGAUGGACUGUAUGAAGGAUUAGAUUGGCUCUCUAACCAACUCAAAAAUGCAAACCGUUAAAUAGGCAAUCGAUCUAUAACUUUGUUAAGUAUAUAUAGAUUCACAAUCUCAAAAAAUUAAAAUGCCUAAUUAAUUUUUUUAUCAUAAAAUUAAUACAAAAUUCUGAAGAGAUGAAUAAUUAAUUUUUUCUGAAUAAAUAUCUUGAUAAGAGAUUAGAUUACCAAUAUGUAACGCAAAAUCUACUAUUCAAAACAUUGUAACAUACUUUCCUUUUUUGGAGUCAUGAAAAAAUGAAAGAUUCAUAUACAUAUGUGUAAUGCAUUGUGACUUUGGAAUACAUGUCUUAUUAAAGUUAUAAUCUGCUUCAUAAAA